GGCCUUUGCAACACAUCUGUCCUUCGGCGUCUCCCUUCCAAGCGACCUUGAUGAGCCUGGAGAACACAGUUAUCCUUGGGAGUCGGAACGGGUGAUGACGAUACUACCCUGCUUGUAAAUGCAAAGCUCUUCACUAGCAUCUUGCAUCAACCAAACUAGCUUACGGCUUGCUAUUACACGUUUGCAUUUGUGUUUAACGAGAAACUACUGGGGUGUCAUCAUCCAUGUGGACGCAGUGAGGAUCCAUGCGCACACCAAAAGUUUGUUGGGAUCAUGCAGCUUUCUAUUUGAAUAUUUGAACACCCAAGUAUAGAGAUAUCAUUGAAGAUCUGUGUACCCCCUAACCUUGCUUGGACAUGGGAAAAGAACCUUCCUCGUUCUCCUACUCCCCAAGCCCUUUGCUUUUGGGAUCUGACGACCCUUCUAUGAUCCAGGAGUCCGAGUCUCUGCUCUCGCAGUUUAUGAGAAGCUCUUCGCACGAUGCGCAGAACCCUUCGCUAGGAAGUUCUCAUCGUCAUGGCGCUUCGUCCCACACACAUGCCGCUCUACAAGACGUGUCCGUGAGAAAUGAUUGGAAUGAACCAACGCCAGAACAUGCUUCCAAACCGAAUCAGAAACCCCAUGGUGACCUGGUGACCCGUCCGUCCUCAUCAAGGAGACAGAAUCCUUUCUUCCAGAUAUCCACACCAGGACAAAAUGAUGGCCAGGCACAACCACCUCAAAACAGGGUCAAAAUACCCCGUGGAAACACCCAGAUGCGUCCUCAACGAGCUUCGCAACCCUCGACUGGAUUGGGACACUCAGUGAUGAAUAUUAGACCUACCAGCGACAGGAAAGUUGUUUUACCGGCCACUAGAGAAAAAGGAUCAAGUUCCGUGAGAAGACAGAGCCCGCAAUCGUCACAGGCCCGAAGCCCCCCCCAGGAACCUCGGGUGCGGCGCUCGUGUCGUCCAAAAAGUGGCCCAACAAAUUAUUACGCACCACUCCAUAUCGGCGAGUCUUGGGAUGAGGAAGCAGAGGAGAUCAAGCCCCGCUCUUCGCGAAAACCAAAGUCUUUGCCGAACCAUCCUACUACUUCUAUCCCACGCCCACCGCCUCUUCAACAGGCGGCGCGUAGGCGACCAUUCAGUUCUCGGGAUAGUCUGUUAAUGCAACGAGAGUUGGGGCAUAAAGUGGAUCAUUUGCGUUCAAACCUGAUGAGCAAUUUCAAGCUUUCAAAAAGCUGGAAAGGCGCCUCAAAUGAUGUUGAAUUUCUGGCAUGGUCGCCUGACGGAACUAGGUUUGCUGCGGGUGCAGCAGCACAAUGCGAUGAGCAUAAUCUGCAGUACAACAGGAAGAACAAUCUCAUACUAGGUGAUAUAACCAAAAACCUUCUCUAUGAGCUCCCCGAUCACUGGGUCCCUCUUGAUUUAAAUCGCAAUGCUGCAAGCCGGAUAAUGGGCGAUUCUCGACUAUUUAUGAGUGUCACCGCUGUGGAGUGGCACCAAGAUACGUUGUAUACUGCCAGCUACGAUAAAACAGUGAGACUUUGGGACGUCUCUAAGGACAAGGCCACAUGCUAUAAGACCCUACGGCACGACUCGAAAGUAGUCGUCAUGGCCCGAUCAAACCUGAACGAGAAUGUUCUAGCGACGGGAACGCGCUCGAUAGGGUUAUGGGACAUCAAGAAGUCCCAGUACACUGCUCUCGAGCUUCCACGCCCACGCUCCAAGAAAGAGAUUGAACUGUCACCAACUUCCUUAGCGUGGGGAAUUAAUGGACCAACCAAGAAUAUUCUACUUGCCGGGAUGGCUGAGAAGGAUGAUGGCAUAUCUGCCAGUGGCCUUCUUGCGGCUUGGCAGAUAGGGGAAUCAACAGCCACACCCUUAUAUUAUACUCCAAAUUCGCAAACCAUAUUUGACAUCAAAUGGCAUCCCGCACUACCAACCUUUGUUACUGCAAGCUCUGCUGGUCAAUUAGCCGGUAGAAACACACGGUCUGUUGUCAGUAUCUAUGAGCCCAUUAGAUUUAGGACCCGCACAAUGGAGCUCGAGUGUCCAGCUCUGGAUAUGAACGAAGUCGCAUUCUGUCCUUUGAACGCUAAUUACGUUGCUGCCAGCUGCACUGAUGGUGUUACUUAUGUUUGGGAUUGCAGAAAGGCUGGAAAUAUUGUACAUCGACUACAGCAUGGUCGGGCCCUCAACCAGCUCGAUGAAACCAUGACCAGAGAACAGGCAGACGUGGGUGUAAGGCUACACCUGUGGGGUGAUGGAAUGGACCAACUCUAUACAGGCGCCUCUGAUGGUGUAUUAAAGAGGUGGGAUAUCCGUUUGUCUCCAGAGGAUGUGCUUAUACAAGAUGUGUUCACUUUCCAGGAGGAAAUUACUUGUGGUGCUUUCUCGAACGAUAAGUCAAACCUUUUGAUUGGGGAUAGCUCUGGGGGGGUACACAUUCUAUCUACUGGGCCUCUCACUACCGGGGACGACUUGACCAUGCGAUUUAUCGAAAGCCCCUCUUCGAUCAACCCAGAAUCCGAAUCAGACUCUGAAUCACACGCGAUGCCAGCCCGGGAGCUGAUAGCCUCUGGAGAGCUUGAGCAGCAUCCUAUCUUCGGACCGGGGAAGGGGCCGCGUUAUAAAGGUCCUUUUGCAGCCUGGGCUAGGCCAGAUGGCACUCCAGCCGACAAGAUUGCAAAUACGCCGCUGAUUCCAGAGCGCGAGAUAUGCCAACUCUCUGGUCCGGAACCUAAAUACCGAAAGGGGAUUAGCGAAAAGGAUCAAAGACAUGUGGAAGGUUGCAUUCUAGUCUCGAAGAUGCGGAAUCAACGACCGGGCAAGAAUAAGAGACGCAAGGAAAAAAAGGAUGUAGGCGCCAGAACAGUGGCAUUUGGGAACGGCAAUUUCAUUGAUAUAUCUGCCGAGAGUGAUGACGAUAUCGAUGGUUCUGACUUCCAGGCUUCACCAAAGAAUAAACGGAGACUCCAGAAAGCAGUUUUAUCGCCGCUUCUCCUCACCCAAGUCGAAGCUGAGAUCAUUGACCUUACCAACCAUGAUUCUGAAUCGAGCGUUCCUGUAACCCCUCGUGAAGCUCCUAAGGAAUACCGCAGGCAAAACUUCAAAGGUGAAGAAGAUUUGCAACAUGUCUUGGAGGAUCUGGAGGAUGACUUUUGGUGGCCAGAAAGCGGCGAGAUCAGUCCGAAUAUUCCCUCUGGGCAAUCCUAGUCACAAAAUGAAAAUAUAGCGAGAAGUUAUACCGAUUCCUGAGCGCAUGUAAUUCAAUAUGUAUAGGGCCAGCAGUCAGCCAGCGGCUUAGACACACAGCCACCUACCUACCUCGACAGUGCCAAUCCAACGCCCAGAACUUGCUAAGAAGAAGAAUCUGGGAAGCCUGGCGGCCCUCCGAAUCCCGUCCACCAGUGAAAUCUUGAGUGUUGUGCACCGCCGCACCUCUUAUUAAUGGUUCUUUGGCGUGCGAAAGAACAAGUGAUAAAUUCCAGGAUCCGCU